UCUUGUGCACUGAGGUAGAAUUAAGCAAAUUAUCCAUCCCUUAAAUAAUUAAUAAUGUCUAAACGGACGUUAACCACAGACCACCCUGACAUCGCGCACCGCCCUCCCAUAUAACGUCCCUAGCGGCGUGCAGCUCUGCCUGCAGGGUAGUUGUUUCUUCCCGCCGCUCAGUGGACAGCAGCCGGUGCUGGAAAACAGCAGGAGCGUUUCCACGGAGCUUCGAUGGAACUUCCCUAUCCUUGUCGUUUUUGGUGCUCUCGGUCGUGUCUAUGAUUGAUUUUGAAUCGAUACUGGAAUUUACUCCCAAAAAUAACAACUUGCAGGGGUUUUGUAGAGGACAUGUAUUUGGAGUCCUUCACUUCUACCUAAAUGCCUGUGUUUGAGCAAACACAUGAGACUUUCAAUGUUAUGAAUGUGACCCAGAAAAGUAUUACUCGAUUAAGAUGGGUAAUAAGCAAACAAUAUUUACCGAUGAACAACUCGAUGCAUAUCAGGACUGCACAUUUUUCACUCGCAAGGAAAUUCUUCGGUUGCAUGGCAGGUAUCAUGAGCUGGCACCACAUCUCGUGCCUAUGGACUACACCAAAGAGCCGGACUGUAAACUGCCCUUAGCGCUAAUAGUGGCCAUGCCAGAACUCAACGAAAACCCGUUCCGGAACAGGAUAGUGGAGUCCUUCUCAGAAGACGGCUUGGGGAACCAAAGCUUCAAUGACUUUGUGGACAUGUUUUCUGUCCUCAGUGAAAUGGCCCCCAGAGAGCUGAAGGCCAUCUUUGCCUUCAAGAUAUAUGAUUUCAAUGUGGAUAAUUUCCUUUGUAAGGAGGACUUAGAGCAGACCCUGAACCGGCUGACCAAGGAGGAGCUGACGGAGGAGGAGGUGCAGCUGGUGUGUGAGAAGGCCAUCGAGGAGGCCGACCUGGACGGGGACCACAAGCUGUCCUUCGCUGACUUUGAGAACAUGAUCACCAGGGCUCCGGACUUUCUCAGCACCUUCCACAUACGAAUCUAGGAGGGCUCAAUGGAAGACAAGACAGCUGGUUGACGGAGACCCACUCCAUGUCCUGAGCAGAGUGCAGAACCUCCCUCACCCUGCCUGGGAAGUCAACCCAGAACUCCUGGUCUUCCAGUCUUCUGAGUUAUCGUGAAACACACAUGUUUCCUCACAUUUAAAGGGUCUCAUGUAACAGGGCUCAACCAAUCUCGGUCACAUGUUGAAGAAUCUUUUUCUAGGUAUUUGAUUGAAAGGCAGAAUAAUUGCUGCCAAAUAAUCCUGUUUACUGUCAUUUUAUCGAACUAAAGUCUGGAGUGAAAGACCAUUUUCACAGGUAUGGCAAGUGGAGUUAUUGUAUACGUUACAGCCCCAUUGAACCCCACCUUAACAACAACAUAAAUUCAAUGAUUAAAACAUUUUAAGAAUUGAAAGUAACUAAAGCACAAAACUCAAAUAGACACCAUAGAAGGGAUUUCCACUCAUGUAUAAUCUAUGCAAAUUUAAUUUUCUGCGAUUUUUGGAGGAUUUUGUAUAUCUAGGUUUGGUCCUAGGAGCAUGAUGACAAUCAUAUCGUGGUGUAUUCUCUGUUGAAUGAAGGGCUCUGUAUGGUCUCCAUUACCUCUGCCAUUUGUGGAAUUUGCUGAACUUAAAUAAAGUAGAAAUAACAACA